CCGAACUGGCUUGCUUAGUAUAUAUAAGUGGCAACAACUGGAAAUGGACGGAGUUGAUUUUUCAGAAGACGAAAUUGAACACCAUUUGGCAACACUAGGCUAUAUGAAUAUUCCAAAACGCAGGCUACGUGAAUUCAAACAAGAUCUAGACCAACUGAUUCAACACGAGAAGUCGAGGAGCCAGAGUUCAAGUGAUUGCGAUUCCCUGAGGUCCCAGAGCGGCGGCAACAAGGGCUCUCCACCCGCAUUCCGCAUGAGGAUCACUUCUCCGACAAGACUUGUAUGGCCAAAAAAUCAGGUGGUGCAUUCAGCAUAUGUUGCAGACAACCUCAGUGGGGUGCAGGAGCAGUGUGAUUCAUACACUCAGUAUUCAGUGUCUGCCAAGUGCCCCCAGACUUCAGCUGGCCUCCACAGGUUGGAAGAACAGAUUAACUCUGCAAAUGUCACCAGUUCUGUUUUGGACACCAGCAAGUCUUCAGGUCCCCACAGUGCCUAUACAUUUAUUGGAAAGCCAGUUCUCAGACGAAAGGUUUUAAGGAAACAAAGGGGUCAGUUUCAUGUUUGUGAUGAAUCAAUACGCAAUGAAGACUCAGCAGUUGGCAGGCUGGAGGACCAGUUGGAGGGGCUGCACAUGUCAGUGUCUGAAUCUGAGCAACUGGAACUGGUGCCGCUGAAUGAAGAGAUGGGCAGUCUGGGUAACAAGACCAGCUUUGAAGCAGCAACAGCGUUCCAGGUCUACACUAGAGGCAUGUCCAGAUCCGCAAGUGAGAAUGAUAUUCAGACUCACCCAAAAUCCUUUAUUCGGCCACAAUCAUGUCACCCGCACACAAGAAACUUGAAGAAGACCGAUCCUGUCACAAAGUAUUUCCAGUAUAAACAGGAUUGGGAGACUUUCAGAGCACCAGGAGAAACAAGCAGAAAAGGACUUCGUUGGGAAAUACGGGAGCAAAUGAUGUGUAAAAGCCAACCUUCUAGACAGAAGCCUCAGAAGAUUUAUGUCCCCAACACCUAUGUUGUACCAACAGAAAAGAAACGGUCUGCAUUAAGAUGGGAAGUGCGAAAUGAUUUGGCAAAUGGAAUCCAACCCCCCAAAAUCAUCUACCCGUUGUAGGGGGGGGGAGUGCCUUCCUUAAGUUUUAAUA